CCCCCACAGCCAUCACAUACUUCCACGACUAAGACAAAAUCAAGUGAGAACAUUCCUAAAGUUGGUGUAAACUUCCUGAUUGCUGUGACGUGCGGAGAAAAGAAGCAAGUCUACUGUAUGCUGUGUUCAGUCAGGUUGAACUCCUCCAGUCACGUGGUCGACAAUAACCACAAGUAUAAAUACGUGAAGCGGAACUACCCGAUGUGGACUGCCAAGCUGCCGGAGGAGGAGAGUAAAUUGAACAAGAUAGUGGCCAACUUGGCUGAGGUUGAGAAGGACGUAGGAUCUCAGAGGAUCAUGAGUAUGGAAGUGACAAGUGAUGAAUACGCAACACUGCGUGAUCUCUCGGACAGCAAAGCUCUUGAAAGAGUGAAAAAAAUGCUGAGACACAGAAACUUGCAAUCUCCAUCAUCCCCCGCAACUGAUGAUGCAGAGGCUUUAGGACAGCAAGGUGCCCUCCCCUGUCCAUAUGAAGUUUCAAGCCCAGACGAUAGGAUGCACAUGCCACAGAAUGAAAUGUCAGGACUUUCUACUAACAACAAACCAAACCGGGAGAGUAAACAUGAGCUCCAGACACUAUUGGGCCAUAGGCCAGAAAUGAAAUCCAACUUGAAAGAAAAAGCGGGUCAGUCAGACAGAGCUCAGAACUGGACUGAUAAAGGCCGAGAAGCUACUGACCUGGUACCAGACCAGCUUCAGACAUGUGUGAGCUUCAAAAAUGAUCCAGACCCCAAUCCAGCUCCCAGCAUUCAAGAUGCACACAUAGCAGUCACUAUCAAACAGGAAAGGAUUGAGCCAGAUGUGGAGGCCCAGGCUCAUUUAGAAGUCACACCUGCAAUUCAGAGUCCUGUCACUAUCAAACAGGAAAGGAUUGAGCCAGAUGUGGAGGCCAAGGCUCAUUUUGAAGUCACAACUGCAAUUCAGAGUCUUGCAGUCCAUGGUUGUGCAUAUCCCCUUGCCACUGACUCAGAAACUAUAGGCACCUUCGCUCAAACCCAUCACACAUGCCAAGAGACUCCUGAGAACAGACAGCAGCAAGAGAGAAGUGACUCAGAGAUACAAGACACAGAGAAGACAUCACCUGUAAUAUCGUCCAGCCCAGACCCUUUCUCUUCUACAGCUCCGGUGAAUACAGAACCGAAGAACCAAUCAAGAUCCAGUCUCAAUGCAGAACUUGUACCGAAACACCCAGGAUGCAGUCCAGGAUCUGCACAGCACAGCGCGUCACAGGCACUCCCAAACAUUUCACGAGCGGAAAGAACUCAGGGGACAAGUAAUUUGUCCAAGUACUUAAGCGUGAAGGGACUGGAACCAGUAGGUCUGGGCUGCGUGUGGGAGUGUAAAGGGACAUCUGAGACAUCAUUCUAUUUGUGUGAGAGCUGCAGUGAGACGCUCUCCCUCAAGGACAUCUUUCAGCAUUUGGUCAGCUCUGAUCACCAGUUCAACUACAUUUUGAAGCAUCAUCCGAAGCAUCUGUCGUUCUGGCAGCAGGAGAGUCUGACCCAAGAUGAGAAACUUGACAUUUUAAAGGGCGUUGCCCAGCUACUGUCACAGCGGGAGUGUUACUACAAGAUAGAUGCACAGGGUGUAAUGCUGGGAAAGGAGCUGUAUAAAUGUGUGCGGACAGCACCAUUCAAUGAAGCUUUAAAAAUGGUUCAAAACAUCAAGAAAGAAGAUAAACUGAGCGUCCUCUGUCUACCCACCAGUACUCCACAACAGAUGGAACAGUCUGAGAGUCAAAUGGAAUCUCUUCCAGUGGAGGCACCUGAGACAGACCAGAGAAAUGACAAUGGAGCAAGACAAAAACUAGAAAAAGAUCAUUUGGAAGAAGAGACAGCAAUGGCUGGAGAUUUGGAUGGGGUCAAACAUAGAACCGUCUCGAGUCCUCUGGAUGUUACCAGUGCCUCCUCAAACACUGAUUCUGUUGUCUUUCCAUUCCCCGGUUCUGGCACAUGUCUCAGUCCCAAAGAGACCCGAAGGAGCUCUUUUAUGCAACCAGAACUCAGUCCACCAAUCUCUCAGUACCAAAGAACUGUCGCUGAGAUGCAAGUGAAACAGGCGGAGGUGCACGUAGAACCCCAAUCUUUCUGUAGGCCUCCUGUUAGUCCUAAAACUACUCAAACCCUGCCAGUGUCUCCCAGAGAUGACUGCCCUCCAUCCAGGAAAAGGCCAGCAGAAACAUCUGUUGAGACACUGUUCAAAACUUGCACCGAUAAGCCCAAACUUGAGGAUCCUUUGCCAGCCAAAUCCACAUGCUGCUCACUGCAGCAGCACUGUCAUCCCAGCCCUGAACCAACCUGCGAGUCCACUUCUGUUAACCCUGAUGCAACCUCUAGCACCCUGUCGAGAAAGGACAAUGACACAGGCCCUGCACCUGACAAAGAUAACAUAUCUGUUGUGGACUGUACACCGCUUGCACACCUAAUAGCUCUGAUGAGAGAGAGUAGGUCUGGGACAAGUGUCUCUCCUUUCAAGUCAGAUCCACCUAAUGCUGAGACUACGACCUCCUGUUCUCACAAUUCAUCUGAAAGUGGUGUGGAAAGCAGAUGGGAUUCAAAGCUUGUUCAGACUAAAUUGAAAAGGGCAAAAAACAAAACAAGAUGGGAUUCAAAGUGUCAGCUGGAUAAAGCUACAGCCAAGUCAGACAGCACCAUGUUAUCUUCUGCCAGCACUGCUGACCCCAGUGAGCUACAAAACCAGAGAAGUGUCAAUACUCAGAACAUCUUUGGAAAUGGGAACCAGCUCGAACCUAAUUUCAUCAACUGUGAGGCCACCAAUCAUAACGCAGGGCAGAUAUCACAGCCACAAGGUAACACACAGAAUGACACCACUGGGGUUUGUCAUCUGCCCAUUAAACCCAUCAUAACUGCCAGGUCAACCCCAACUAACCAGCAAUUGAUGGGCAGCUUUAAAGGACAGGACAACACUGAGGUGUACAUUGGCAGUCAGGCCGCUCAGAGUUUGUCCACAGUUGAAAUGGCAAACUCUAGUAACUCUCAGGCGGCUUUAGGAUGGUAUGGGCAGUAUAGCCAAAUGGCUUAUGUCAUAAAUGGAAAUUCAGGUCAUCUUUCUUCUGAGGUUGUUGCAGGUUACUCAGCACCAGACAACCUACCUGUGAACAGUGGGGUGUUAUACCAAGGGUACAGUGCGAGUGGGCUCUACCCAAACCAGAGUCUGCAAUCGUUUGGACACAGGUUGGCAACUCCAGUUCCCCCAGAAUUGGUCAGCCCAGCAAUGCAACAGCAGCUGCAGCAACACCAGCAGCUGCAGCAACACCAGCAGCUGCAGCAACACCAACAACUGCAGCAACACCAUCAACUUCAGCAACAACUACAGCAACACCAGCAGCUGCAUCAGACCCAAACAAUCACUCCAAUGCAGAACAGCAGCAAUAUAAUAACACAGACCAUCCCCCAGCUUUACUUCGGACCCUCAGCCUUUCACCAAUCUCCUACAGCCAAUAGUGAAAGCAUCUCCCAGGAAAACUCCUUUUUAGCUUCUGGAGUUUCAAGCAAAAGUGAGCUGUUCGGUUCUCUGAAGGUGUAUCUGAACAACAAGAACAGACUACAACCCAUCAUUGGCCUGGGCAGCAUCAUAGAAUGCGUGAAGGUGGGUGCACGCAACAGAGAAGUUAUGUACCUGUGUGCGGUGUGUGUGUGUCGACUUAGUAAAGCUGACAUGCGGAACCACAUUAUUGGAAGUCUCCACAGAUACAACUACAUUAAAGCCUACUACCCCCGCUUAGUGUCUGAAUGGAAGGAGAACUCUGACCUGUCUAAGCUGGCCUGGCCUCUGAUGGAGAUAGCCAAGACAAUCGAGGGAAAAGAGGGAGCUGGAGAUGUCCAGUUGUUUGAGGUUGAAGAUGCUGUAUACCAGAAGGUGGCAACACACAGUGAAAAUGAUGCAGUAACUAUGAUACAUUUCUUAAGAGACUGGCAUGGUGAACCCAAGAGCCAUUCAGAGACUAUAUCUAUGCAGCUGGAGCACUAUUCCAUCCAAUCACAGAGGAUUGUAUUGCUUGCCCAGAACCAACAGAGGCGGUCCGGGAAAUCUCUCAAGGCAGACAUGAUAUCACAUAAGACCUCAGCAAAGACUAACAAGGCUCCACCUUUGAUGCAGUCUACUGUAGCUCCUCCUGUCAAGUCUGAAGGCGGGUUAAAAAACAUCUCAGCAUCACAAGUAUACAAUACUCAGAUGUCACCCGAACUCUCUGCUCUAUCAGAGAACAGCAACAACUUUCUUGAUGGCUACACAGGAACCAAGCCUCUUAUUGGUCUUUUCCGUGUGGUUGAGUGUAGGAGUGAAGAUGGCCGCACGCACGUUUUUUUAUGCCACUGCUGUCGCAUAAGAUCCAACAAAAAGGACAUCAUUGAUCACGUAACCAGCUCUUCCCAUCUCCUUAACUACUUGAUGGAAAAACAUCCUGAGCAGGUGGAUGCAGUGACAGCAGAUAUUAAUGACAACAGUCAGUUAAUCCAAUCACUGGCCAGGAAAGUGGAGCAAGAGGAGGGCAGAGGAGAACUGAAGGUGAUAAAUGUACCAGAGUCACUCUGUACCCCACUGACUGGCAAAAGUUACCACUGGUGUAAGUACAGAUUCAUGUUUUUUGUUCGGCCAUAAACAAUUGACCUCUUUAAACCCAACUCUCUCCUCUUGAGGAGUGACUAAUGAU